AUGGCUUUAGCGCCGCUCCGCAUCGUUGAAGAUCCUGCAUCCUUUCGAGUUUCUUCAUCAGCAGUUUCAAAACAUUCAACGAGCAGGUUGUAUUUAUAUUAUGUUGUAGGCAAAGAAUACACCGGUCUUGAUAGCAGGAUUAUAUCAACUCGUUUAAGUGGUCUCGAAAAACUUGAUGCUUCGAUACUGAAGGCAUUGCAAAAAGGUCCCAAUAUCAAAGAAAAGCCCCUCGCGCUCCAGAUAAAGAGAUACCGCUCACUGCGAAGUUACUUCUACAAGAAGCUCUUGAAGGUUUACCACGAGGAGAUUGGGGACGCCGCCACUAUGCCACUUCCAGAUGAGGAUGACAAGAACUGCGCGACGAAGCAACGCUACACAGGCCUGGACAAUACGAGUCAAAACAAUCAUAUACAGGAUGGAGAGGUCAUUACUCAGCAUCGAAUGGAAGGAAGAGAGGGAUACACAAAGACAACACUUCAGGCGAAUAUCAGGCAUCGUGUUCUUGGUGUUGUAUGGCUGUUUAUAAGAGAAGCUUGGGUAUAUACACUCAAAGAUUCCUCUCGCAGGAUAUAA